AUGGUUCGCAAUUAUAUUAGAAAGACCGAUCGGCAACGGUGGAGUUCUGAAACUAUGGAACGAGCUGUAGCUGCAGUAGUAAGAGGCGUAAUGGGUUGCAAGAAAGCUUCAGUUCAAUUCCAGCUUCCACAAACUACAUUGGAAAGAUACGUGAAAAAGCGUAGGACUGGCCCAAAUUCUGUGAUUGAUAAAACCGCUGGAAAAUAUCACUGUGUUUUUACUCAAGACCAAGAGGUAGAACUAGUUGUAUAUUUAAAGGAUAUGCAAAAGAGAUUGUUUGGUUUAACAUUAAAAGAACUCAGAAAGCUAGCCUAUCAAUUAGCGGUUAGGAAUGGUUGUGAGCAUCCAUUUAACAAACAUACAGAAAUGGCGGGAGAAGACUGGGUCCACUCAUUUAUGAGGCGUCAUUCUGAGUUAAGUUUGAGGAAGCCUGAGGCCACUUCUGGAGCACGUGCGAUGGGAUUUAACCGAGUAGCAGUCGCGCAGUUCUUUACAUUAUUAAAUAAGGUUAUUAUUGAGAAAAAAAUUACCUGUGAAAGAAUUUAUAAUUGCGAUGAGACUGGCAUUACAGUGAUUCCAAAGCAGCAUUCAAGGGUUAUUGCAAAUAGAGGACAACGUUAG